AUGCUUUCCAGCCCGGGCUUUUUCCACAACCCUGCCAAGACUCCUCCCCGGGGCCCACAGUUCGAAAGCCCCGUUCCCACUCCCCAGCCGCUGCGUGUGGGGCCACCAGACCUUAACCGGAUGUACGGGUCUGGGCUUUUUUGUUUGACCUUUAACCUGACCCGUGGGUGUCCGGGGCCUGCCGGUCUCGGGCGCGCGCGUGCGAUGACCGUUGGCGGGGUCGGCGUCGCCGCGCUGCGGGUCAGGACAAGGACUCGGCUGCCGACCUGUCCGAGGGCGGGCUGUGAGUUGCGGGGAGAAAUGUCUGAAAAACUAAGAAGAUGCAGAAAGGAACUGACUGCAGCCAUUGACCGGGCCUUUGAAGGAGUCAGUAAUUGCCAGGAAUGCACAGGCCAGCAGAGUCUGGAGCCGGGCCCUGCUCCGCUUUCCUUCUCACUGCCUGUGCACAGGCUCCUCUGCAGAAGACAUCCUCUGGCAGCUUGCUCCUCUGCUGCUCCUUUUGCCGCUGUCUCCUAUGCUCCUGAGAAUGAGAACUCUGCUUUUGCACCAAACCGUGUCCUGGUAAAUGCAAAACCACAUGCUCUGUGCCCUGAGAGAAAACCUCUGACCAGCAAGGAAAAUGUAUUGAUGCAUUCCUCCAUUUUGGCACCUGAGAGUGACUUUCAGAGAACUGCAGGAGAGGGGACAAACUGGAGAAAAGACAGUUUCAGGAAAGAUAUGGAGAGAGAUUUGAAGGCUGACUCAAACUUGCCACUCAACAAUUCUAGCCAAGAGGUCACAGAGGAUCUGCUUGAUAUGAUUGUUCAUCUUGGCAAGCCAAACAAUCAUUGAAUUGUUUCCGUGGAAACACCAAACCGCAAUUUGGAUUACCAGAAUCAAAAUAGAAACAAGAAAGCUUCAAAAAUAAAUAGCAAUGGAACUUGCUAGUCACAAACUGCAAACUGAAGCCAUAGCACAAGGCAUAUGAGAAGGUGGACCCAUCCAACCCUAUGACAAGAGGUUUCAGGAUCUAUGGCUGCCUCCUACCAGUGUUCAUGCCAAAGCCACUUGAAAUCAGAGUUGUAAGCCAAAUGAUGAUAAACUUUGUAACAAUACUUAAGGGAGGAGCUGGUCUUUAGAUGCUUCUAGAAGGAGAGAUUUUCAAGCUGGAGGGGAAGGCUGAGAAGAAAUGGCAGGAACAAGGAGAGAGAUAAGUGAAUGGUGGAGUGAAGUUCCAGCAGGGAGCACAGAGUCACAACUGAGGCCUGGGAGAAAAACAGCAAUUCUUCCAAAGGGGCAAUUCAAGACGUCUGGCUGCAGGCUGGAAAUGAUGACCCUGUCCUCGGUUCAUUUGGAUUCUUGUGUUCCCCACACUCACAGGCAUCACUGCCUGUCUAGCUACAUGGAUCUGAUUCUAGAUUCUGAAUUCUUGCCACUUGAGCUCUGGGAGCACUUACGUUAGCACACCUCUGUCUCUAAGGCUCAGGUCACCACAGUUGGGCAUGGGGACCUACCCUCUCAUCUCCAGGGCUAAGGGUUCCCUUUCCCCAUUCUUCUGCUACUCCCUCCCUCUUAGGAUAGGGGAGCCAACUCCUGGCACACCUGCCCUGAUUCCUUGGCAUUCUCCUGGGCCCACCCCACCACCAACUUUUAAUCCCAGGGAUGAUUCCAACAGCAUCGGGAGACCAGGAGGAAGGAGACAGACAACCUGGGGUCCUGUGUCCCUCAAAUUUUCACUCAGGAAUGUGGUGAUAGAGUAACACCAUUCUGCCACCUGGUAAAAUUGUGAGUUGUCAGUGUUCAAAAGUGGAUGAAGAAGAUUUGCAAAAGGGACCUAGCUCAGGCCAAUCUCUCCUGAAAUGGCUAGACCAGGGGCUCACCUGGUUUCAGAGUGCUACUUUUUCCUUUUUUUUUUUUUUUUUUUUUUUUUUAAGACAGAGU